AUGAAUGAGGUGACCACAGGGCAAGGAUGGAAGACAGUGACCCUCCCAAAGCCUGCCCUCAAGACCAAGCCAGGAUCUGUGGUCACCAAGGAAACACAGGUGACCAUGUCAUGUGAGGGGAUUUCAGGUGCUCGGGAAUACUUUCUGUAUAAAGAGGGAAUCCCAGAGCCCUGGCAAAGACAGACCCCACUGCACCCUGGGAACAAGACCCAGUUCCUCAUUCCAUCCAUUAAAUGGCACCAUACUGGGCAAUAUCACUGUUGCUAUCGCACCGCUGCUGACUGGUCAGAGCUCAGUGACCCCCUGGAGCUGUUGGCAACAGAUGACAACAGUAAACCCGGCCUAUCAGUCCUGCCCAGUCCUCUGAUGACUUCAGGAGAUUAUGUGACCCUCCAGUGUGUCUCACAGCAGGAAAACAGCAGGUUCAUUCCAGCUACAGAAGAUCAGAAAUUCUCUAGGUCCCUGGAAUCACAGUAUAUAUACACUACUGGACAAUACAAGGCUCAGUUAUCUGUGGGCCCUGUGACCCCCAGCCAGAGGUGGAUAUUCAAAUGGUACAGCUAUGACAGCAGCAACCCCCAGGUGUGGUCAGGACCCAGUGACCCCAUGGAGCUCCUGGUCUCAGUACAGCUCCCUGUCACACCCUCCCUCUCUGUGCAGCCAGGCCCCACAGUGUUCUCAGGAGAGAAUGUGUCGCUGCUGUGUCAGUCACGGAGCCAAUUGGACACUUUCCUUCUGACCAAGGAAGGGGCAGCCAGUCCCCCACUACAUCUCAAUUCAAGGUCUCAAGAUGGGAAAUACUGGGCAGAAUUCUCCAUGAGUGCUGUGACCUUGGCCCUCGGGGGCACCUACAGGUGCUACAGUUCUCAAAGCUCAUCCCCCUACCUGUUGUCACACCCCAGUGACCCCAUGGAGCAUGUGGUGUCAGGAGUAUCUGAGACCAUCAACCUAUCACAAAACAUGUCAGAACCCAAGACAGGCUCACAGUCCCAGGAUCACAUCGUGGAGAAUCUCAUCGGGAUGGGCAUGGCUGGCUUGGUCCUUGUGGUCCUUGGGAUUCUGCUGUUUGAGGCUCAGCACAGCCAGAGAAGGAUUCAAGGUGGACCCAGGUGA